GGUCGCUGGUGGAGGAAAUGUCUGGCAUGAAAAUUUGAACGAUUCCUUCAAGACUUGGCUGAUAACUGCUGCCUCUGUCCCCAGCUAUCGACGAGAGUGGGAGAAGAAGAGUCCCGCUGGAGAUGGAGACGAAGAGACCAGCGGUGCCGCAGCUGCUGGUGAGGAACGCAGGUCCACCAGAGCAGCGGUCGUGCAGCUCCAGCCUGGAGCAGGGGAGGCAGAGACCCCGCUUCGUCAAAGUGUCCAACUUUUCCUUGACUCCUGUCAAAGUGAAGACUGAACGUGACAUGGCAGGCGAGCCCUCCAGCAGCAGCUGCCGGCGACCUUCUGCUGCCUUUCUGAUCAGUUAUAAACGAGAGACGGCGCAGAAGAGGAUCCUGAUGAUGAUGGUGAAGAAGAGACCAGCUGUCCAGCCUCAGCAGCACAUGAAGGAAGAAGUUUCUCCAAGGCAGCAGGAGAGCAGCUCCAGGCUCGUGCAGCAGGAACAAGAACUUCAUGUCAUUAAAGAAGUGAAAGAGGAGGAAGAAGAACAUGAUGUCUCCAAGCUCUCAGUCACUCCUGUGAUUGUGAAGGAUGAAGAGGAUGACAAGCCUCCAACCAGCAGCUUAUCUCCAGAUAUGAAAACAGGAGAUGAUGAAGGCCGCUGUGGAGGAUCAGAACCAGCCAGUGUCUUGAACACAGCUCCCAACUCUGUUGGCCAGAGGUCACCUUCAGACACUGAUGACAGUGAAGACUGGAGCGAAACCAAGAAAGCUCUGUCAGGUUCAGGUGCUGUGGAGAAUCAGAAGGUCCAUAAGAAGAAAAGUAAUCAUCGCAAGUCAGUGGGCUGCCCAGGAUGUAAGAAGAAGUAUUCUUCGAAAGCUGUUGUGGCAAAGCACAUGGAAACCUGCUCUGCUAGAUUUUCUACUUGUUCUGUUUGUGGAAAAUGUUAUAAAAACAGACAUAACCUGAAGAUUCACAUGCGAAAGCACACAGGAGAGAAACCUUUCAGCUGCAAUCAGUGCGGAGAAGGUUUUGCCAGAAGAAGCAGCUUGGAUAUACACAUCAGAAAUCACACUGGUGAAAGACCAUUCAGCUGCCCUCGGUGUCCCAAAAGUUUCACACAGAAAUGCAAUCUGAAUACACACAUGAAAAGUCACACUGGAGCGAAACCUUUCAGCUGCUCUCUGUGUCAAAAACAUUUUACCCUGAAAUGCAACUUAAAGACACACAUGAGGCUUCACACUGGAGAGAAACAUUUCAGCUGCUCUCAGUGUGGUGAACGUUUUGUCAGAAGACGUGGCUUGGAGGUACAUAUGAGAAAUCACAUUCGUGAAAACACCUUUCAGCUGCUCUCUGUGUGAUGAAGGUUUCAGAUUGUGAUGAAUUAUGAAGAGAGGAAGUUGGAUCAUGUAAAUCUUUCACAGAGACACCAGAAUCACCCAGGCGAGGCUUGUGAAUGUCCUUGACCCGCAAACCCUGAUGUGUGUGUUAAACUAUGUUCUAUGGAAAUCAAAUAAAUG